AUGGAGGCUGCGGGGCCGCCCCAGGCCAGGAGGUGCUGCCGGGAGGCCCUGGAGAAGCUCUUCCCUCGCCUCUGCUUCCUCUGCUCCCUGGUGACCUACGCGCUGGUGGGUGCCGCCCUCUUCUCGGUCAUUGAGGGAGGCCAGGACCUGGGGGCAGAGGAUGGGGGCUUGGAGGAGUUCUUGGAGAAGCUCUGUGGCAUCUUGAAAUGCAACAGAACAGUUGAAGAAGGCAGGAAACAGGAUCUCAGGAAGCUGCUGCAAGAGGUGAAGCCCCACUGGUUUAGCAAGUCUGCAGACUGGACCUUCCUGAGCUCACUCUUUUUCUGCUGCACAGUGCUCAGCACUGUGGGUUACGGCCAUAUCUACCCUAGCACCAGGCUUGGCAAGUACUUGUUCAUGCUCUAUGCCCUCUUUGGCAUCCCCCUGAUGUUCCUGGUCCUCACCGACACAGGCGACAUCCUAGCAACCAUCUUGUCCACGUCCUACAAUCGGUUCCGAAAACUCCCGUUCCUCCCUCCUCCCCUUGGCACAUGGUGCUCCGGACUGCUCUGCAGGAGAAGGCCUGAGGCCAAGCGGGAGGACAAAGCUGUCCCGAGGAUCAGCAUCAGUGCCCAGGAGCUCCCGGGCCCCAGACCUGGCGGAGGCCCCUCAGCCCCAGGUGCCAACAUGGAGCUGUUUGAGAGACUUCUCGCGCAAGAGAAACAGAACACACUGCAACUGCCCCCAGUGGCCAUGGAGAGGAGCACCUCGUGUCCCGAGCUGGCGUCCGGGAGACCCUCAUACUCCAUCAUCAGCAACCUGGAUGAAGUGGGGCGGCAGGUGGAGACCUUUGACAUCCCCCUCCCCAUCAUUGUCCUCGUCAUUUUCGUUUACAUUUCCUGUGCAGCUGCCAUCCUCCCCAUCUGGGAGAAGCAGCUGGACUUCGAGAACGCCUUCUAUUUCUGCUUUGUCACUCUGACCACCAUUGGGUUUGGGGAUACCGUUUUAGAACACCCUCACUUCUUCCUGUUCUUCUCCAUUUACAUCAUCAUCGGGAUGGAGAUCGUGUGCAUCGCUUUCAGGUUAGUGCAAAACAGGCUGAUUCAUAUCUACAAACAUCUCUUGCUGUUCUUUACCAAAGGGAAGGAAAAUUUAAAUGCCCCGUUAAAGAGUGAAGACUCCACGUGA